GUUGCUCCGUCUCUACACCUUCUUCCUCUCCUCCUCUUCAACACGGCAUCCUCCUCUCCCGGGUGAGCCAGUCGCUGUGUGUUUACUCCCAGGACAGGACCACCCCUUCCCCCCUCCCCUCCUCUCCCCUCCUCCCCGCACCGACAUGCAGGUGAGCCGCUUCCCUCUCAGAGUCGCCGCGGAUCAUCCGAGCGGCUGGAAGCGGCGCGCUUCGCUCCGCACAGAGCCAAGUUCCCUGCAGGAUUUUAGGAUUCGGGAACGGCCGAGCGUCGGAGCAGGAGGGCGGGCUGGAAAAGGCAACAGUGUGGACGGGAAGGUGUGCAGUGUGUCAUCGGAGACAUGUGUUCACCGAGUGAGACGGUAACCUGAGUGCUGUCACAGGGGUGUCCAGUAUGCACGCUGUUGCAUCCCAGCUUUUAGGCAAAACCGAUGUUAGAGGCAGCUGUUGCCACCCUGCUGUUGUAGCCAUGCUGCUCCUGCUGUGUCUUGGCUUCGUUCCCACAGUGGCCCCUUGCCCACCACACUGCCUUUGUGCCAGUGAUAUCAUUUCCUGCAGUGGGAGCAAUCUGUCCGCGUUACCCUUUGGUCUUCCAAGCUAUGCCACGAGGCUGGACCUGAGCCACAACGCCCUGAGAACCGUGCAGGUGGCCUGGGUUUCCCAACCGUUUCAGCGCCUCACUACACUGGUUCUCAGCUGGAACUCCAUAAGCCAAAUCGAGAUGGCUGCCUUCACUGCGACACCACGUCUCCUCCAUUUGGACCUUUCAUCUAACCAGUUGAGAGUUCUGAACUCAUCCGUCUUCAGCGGGCUGACAGAACUUAAAGAGCUGCUCCUGAUUGGAAACCAGAUUGCCCAAAUAAUGCCAGGGGCCUUUAGUGAUGUCAACAGUCUGCAGAAACUCUACCUCUCCGCAAACAGACUAACAUCCUUCCCCCUGGGACUUUUUGAGGACCCUAGUGGACCGCGUAACCUGACCUUCCUGGAUCUGUCAUACAACAGGCUGUCCAAGUUACCCGUCCAGAGCCUGCUGUCUCUCAGCCGCCAUGCCGGAAUAUAUUUGCAGGAAAAUCCUUUGCUGUGCGACUGUGCAUUGAUUGCUUUGCUUGAAUACUGGCUUUGGAAACAGUAUCGCCCACUGGUGGAUUUCCAAGUAGGAUAUCAAUGUAGAGGCACUGCAGUUCGAGAGGUUAAUUGUACACAUCAGGAUCUGUCAGACCUACCCCUGGAGGCACAAAGCUAUCGAGUAGAGCCUGGCAAUUGGCUAAGAGUACCCUGUCCUGGAUUAGGUCUUCCUGUCCAGCAAGGGUUGAUCAUCUUCUGGGUUACCCCAAGAACAGCACUGAAUUCCUCAGCAAGUGAUCUGAGGUCUCAUCUGUCGGUUUUUCCCAACGGCACACUUGAAAUCCAAGGUGCGCUAAUGGAAGACUCUGGCAUUUACGAGUGCGUGGUUGCUCGGGGACGGUACUACGAUUCAGGUGAAUCUCCAGAAGCCAGGGUCAUGGUCGGUAACUCAAGUGUCACCUCCACCACGGGCUUGGCUCGUCGCAGCAGCGGUGAACAUUUCAACACGGCGUUCACCACCCUUGCUUCCUGUGUGAUCAGCAUCAUACUGGUUCUGCUCUACCUCUACCUCACUCCCUGCCAGUGUCGGGAAAGUCGGGGUGGUGGCUCCAGGAGCUGUGGCGCACGGGCCAUCAUCCUCUGUUCAGACCCCAGAGAGGUAGAAUCAGGACAAAGGCGUGCCAACGGAAAGAGGGUAGCAUUCUUAGAGCCUCAGGCAGAGGACUCAGAUAUUAGUGUCCUAAAAACACCGGUGAUGACAUUGGACCAUAUUUCCACUGAGGGAAUUCUCAAAAAUGGAAGUAAGACAGUGGGACACACCCUCACAGACACGGCUCAUGAGGUAUAGUGAGGGAAAAGCACCUUCUUAACAACAUUGUACUCUUGAAAGUCUUAUUUUGUGUAUUCGAAGUGGAAGAAAAAAACCCCAUUUUAUGUAAAAUGUGAGUUAUGUGAAGUAGCUGUCCAUUCUGGGUUGGGGAAUUUGUCUCAAAUGCAGUCCUUUAACAGAGUAGAAUUUAAAUUCUGUCUAUUCUCUGUGUGGUGUCUGUUUUAUAUUCAGAGUUCAUAUGGAAAUGUCCCAGUUAUCUCUGAGAAUCGUUCAUGCAUAGAUCACAGAGAUCAUAGAAACGUGGGAGGGCUCUUUAAAUUGGGCCGGUAGGGAUAUUUUCACACCUGACGGAUGAGUGGAGUUGGAGGACUUUAUCUGUCUACAGUGUCUAGCAUGUGUUCUGGAUAAAAUUAUAGUUUGUCCUUUUUUGUUAACUUUGUUUUUGCACUUAUCAUUUUAAAAAUGUUCCUUUUGGUUCAGCUAUAAAUGUAUAAAUGUUUCAAAUCAUCAAUCAAAUUUUAAUAUCGAAAUCAUCCCACAGUUACCCAUAAAUUAACACAUACUGCAGUUUUGAAAUGACCAUUUCAAUUAUUUAAGUAAAGAAUCUAGCCGAACCAGCCAGACCACAACCUUAAAGGUGAAAAAGUAAAUGGCUCCUUGACCUAAUAACUGUUGUGUGACAACAACUGCAAUCAAGCAUUUGCAUUAACCUGAAAUGAGUCUUUUACACAUACACAGAAAUGUUUUAUUCAGCCAUAUUGAAAAAUUCUUAAGCUUGAACCACCUAAGGUCGUGUGGCAGAACCUCAAUCAGAUUUAAGUCCAGUCUUAGACUAGGCCACUCCACAAUCCUGCAUGCAAACGUUUAAGAGGCAUUCAGAGGAGGACUCAAUGGUAUUUUGGAUCAUUGCUCUGUCCAACCAUAAAAUGUUUUCCCAAAAGUCUUGAGUAAUGAUUAGCACUGGGCUUACCCUGUAAAUUUGAGCUCAACUUUGUAAAUAAGAAAACGUGUUAAACAGAAAGUUUAUUAUUUUACAAAGCAUGCAAUUACUUUUACACACAGGGCCAGUUUGUUUUAAAUAACUUUCCUCUUUUAAUAAAUGAACUCAUUAGUGGGAAACUGGCUUUGCAUGCAACAAGAUUAUCUUUGAUAUUAGAAUUAGCUUGAUGAUCUGAAACACUUUUGGGCGGCCAAAAAAGCAAAGGCUGAAAUGGGCGAAUAUUUUUCCUCAGCACUGUUUUUACAUACAGUCGUUUUAACUGGAAACCUCCUCUGUUAUGUUUUUUAUUAGCUCUGUCCAUUUAACUGAACUAGAAUUCAGCGUUGGCUCAGAAUUACAUGCAAAAUAUGUGUAUUAUUUUCACAUAAAAGUGACUCUCAAAUGACAAGUUCAGUGAAAAUUGUUGCAUGCAAAUUUUCACGGUAAUGUGGGACUGCGAUGCUCGCUUUGCAGAGAAACAGACGCAAUGCGAGAGCAAUAUUUUUCUCUUUGGUGUGAACAUGAUCAUGCAGAGUGCCUUUUAUGAGAAACUCAGAAUUAGUUUCAAUGCAGUAUAUUGUAGUGGGAACUUGUCCUGAAAAAAAGUUGAUGCAGCUGCGUUUAAACUACAGAUGAACGGCUUCCUCACAGACAAAUCUGUAUUUCCACCACUCAACGUUUUCAUCGUUCAAUUACAGAGCUUUCCGCUAGCCCAGACUGUUGAUCACUCCUUUGCUAAGAGUUUUACAAAAUGCUACAAGCCUGUGUUCAUGUGCGGAGCAAGACGGAUAUCAGAUGAUACAGAUAUCAUCUCUACAGCCAAAUCAAUAGAUCACAUUUUGAACUCGCUGGCAAGAAAAACAGCAGAAAUGCACUUUUGCCCGUACAGUAGAGAAAAUGACUAUUUGUGAGGAGUUUGAGGAGGCAGUAGCCAGGAUAUCAAACAGUCAGUAACAACAGUAAGUAAAAGUCACCAGACAGUGUUUGCCUUGCAGAUUCAUUAGACAACAUAACAUAGUUAGCUAUUACAUAUUUAAGGGGACAUGGAGAGAGCAGUUAAAACACACAUCACUAAAUUUUAUGAUGUUCAAAGAAAUGUUUGUGCUGCAAGAACAGCUUUUUCUGUGGGUUUUGUUGGCACACAGUGAACUGGAUGUUGAUUAAAAUCUGAGCUAAAUAAAGAAAUAGUUAUAGCAGAGUAAAAAUGCUAACAUUAGCUAACUGCACAACAUAAAAACACAAUUAGCAUAACCUGAGAUAAUCCAUGUCUUCAAAGGUGGAAAUAUAAAUGUUCACCACCUUAUGACUUUCAAAACAAUGUAUCCACAUCCUUGAACUGUGGAAACUAUCAUCACAGCUCUUGGUUGGACUUUUUAAAAAAUCUCUGAACACCAGUUGGUGCGUAAUAAUUUGGGAUGCUGAAUCUGCUUGUUACUCAAUGUAUCAACAAGUAAUUUAGUUUUGUAAUUGAGAAAGACAUCUGUGGACGUUGCGCUAAAUUGGUGUUUAGUUAUUUUUGGUGUUGAGUCCCAGACUUAUGGCCUUUUGUUUUUUGUUUCUUUAUCUUGUGUCUUCCCUCAUUUCGCUUUUUGUAGACACUAGCAUGUUGUGUGACCUCAUGAAGCUGUUACGGGAAUCCUCAUAGCAAAGUCCAAGGCUUUGGCGAUUUUUAGCAAUUGAGCUGGAGUCAUUGGACGAGUCGUUGCAACACAUCCUACCAACAUUUAGUUUGUUGAUUGGGGUUUUUUGCUUUUAACAUUUAAUUUAUUUUUCUACAUUGCCAUUGGGCAGUAUAGUUCCAGUUUUAACAUCACCAUUGAAAUAGCGCAUGGAGAAAAAGAAGUGAAGUUCAAUUUUUCUUUUUGAAGCCAUCAAAUGAACCCAAUGUAAUUUUACAGGUAGGCGUUUAAGAUUAGUGAUGAAAAUCUAAAUCUGUGUUUUGUGUCAAUGCAUUAGAGUUUACAGACUGUUUUUAUAAGUGUAGAAUGUCAACAGUUGUAAAUGUCAUUGAUUAGUCCUUAACAACUAACUGACCGUGUCCUGUUUGUACAUUAAAUGUUGAACACUUC